AUGAAGAGCUUAUCAAUCCGAUGCAUCGUCUUUGUGCUCACCAUUUUCACCAUUGUUUCGCUUUCGAGUGCUGCUGUUUCAAGUCAUGGAGAAGUUGAGGACGAACACGAGUUUAACUACAAGAAUAACGAUGGGAAGGGGCCAGAGAAAUGGGGAGAACUAAAACCGGAAUGGGAAAUGUGUGGAAAAGGAGAGAUGCAAUCUCCCAUUGAUCUGAUGAACGAGAGAGUUAACAUUGUUUCUCAUCUUGGAAGGCUUAAUAGAGACUAUAAACCUUCCAAAGCCAUUCUCAAGAACAGAGGGCAUGACAUUAUGCUAAAAUUUGAAGAUGGAGCCGGAAGUAUCAAUAUCAAUGGUUUUCAAUAUGAACUUCAACAGCUUCACUGGCACUCUCCCUCUGAGCAUACAGUCAAUGGAAGAAGCUUUGCACUUGAGCUGCAUAUGGUUCACGAAGGCAAGAAUGGGAGAAUGGCUGUUGUGACGGUCUUGUACAAGAUCGGAAGAGCAGAUACUUUUAUCAGAUCGUUGGAGAAGGAAUUAGAGGCCAUUACUGAUAUGGAGGAGGCAGAGAAAAGUGUUGGGGUGAUCAAUCCCAAACAAAUUAAGAUCGGAAGCAGAAAAUAUUACAGAUACAUUGGUUCACUUACCACUCCUCCUUGUACCCAGAACGUUACUUGGAGCGUCGUUAGAAAGGUUAGGACGGUGACAAGAAAACAAGUGAAGAUUCUUCGCGUGGCUGUACACGAUGACCAAAAUUCGAAUGCGAGGCCAGUUCAAGCAAUCAACAAGCGCGUGGUUCACCUAUACAGACCAAGAGAUUAA